UUUAAAAUGUAACUAAUUCUUUUACAUAACUAACAUGACAUUAACGUAAUAAUCAAAAACCGAUAUUAUUCGUUAUGAAUGACAACUUAACUAUUAAUAUUUUUGAAACAGUUUAAAUUUGUAAAAUUUUCAAGAGUAACAGUGUUAUAAUAACUAUAUAAUGGCUUCUGCUAUGGAACAGCAACAACAGCAGCAACAACAACAACAAACUACUUUAGAAUUUUAUCAAGCAAUGGCUGAUUUCAAAAACAUGUUUCCACAAAUGGAUGAUGAUGUGAUUGAGGCCGUAUUAAGAUCUAAUCAAGGAGCUGUAGAUACAACAAUUGAUCAGUUACUUACUAUGAGUACAGAUAAUGAAAAUGAAAAAAUUAGGAGUGAAUUAGAGCAAAGUGAAAAAUCCCCAAGCACUUCUAAAUCACAAAAAGCAGAUUCAACUAUGUUCACAAAAAGUACACGUAAAUGGCAACCUGCUUUGUUAGGACCAUUACCAGAUACAUUCCUUCGACUUCCACAAGUUUCUGAAGAUAGCUUGGAUUCUUCAUAUUUACAAGAAAAUUCAAUGUUAGAAGAUGAAAGAAUUGCUAUGUUUCUUCAAAAUGAAGAAUUUAUGGCUGAAUUACGUUGGAAUGAAGAUUUUUUAUCAACUUUAGAAAAUGAUACAAAAAUUCAAGGAACAAAUCUUGAAAAAUGUGGCACUCAAAUUGGUCAUGAUGACGAAGAUUUGUUUAAAGAAAGACUAAAGAAUAUGGGAAAAAUGUCUCGACGUAAGUUUGCACAACUUACUAAAGUUUUUACACGCAGCAAAAAACGAGGAGGUAGACAGCUAUUACCUCCAACAGCUUCUUGUGACGAUUUAUUGGAUCCAGAGGAGUCGUCUAGAUUUCAGUCUUAG